AUGGGUAUUGAUGAGCUCUGGCCCGUGGUGAGCCCGGGUAGUGAUCCCAGAAUCCCAUUUCCAAAGUUCUUGUCCCACUUUAUCGAGGAAAAUGGUAGACCACCCCGAUUUGCCAUAGAUGCCUAUAUGUUCAUGUUCUACUCUCAGCUUCCGAACGUGGAUCCCGAGGACCCUGAUGUGCAGAAUAGAACGAUUCGAAAUUUUAUGGCCAAAUUAUGGUACUUCGUUCAGCAUAACGUUUCGUUCGUCGUUGUGUUUGAUGGGAAAUUUAAGCCAAGCAAGCUCCGCCAUGGCAAUCUUCCUGAGAUCCAAGGCUCGAUCAACUAUGAUGAGGUCCUCGAGCACUUUCACAAGGUGCACCCUUCAAACUAUGGCGAGGGUCUGGGACUUGUGGAGAGAAUGAAAAGGAUCUUACAAAGAAACUGCAUGGAUAUCGUCCAAGCACCUGGGGAAGCAGAAGCCGAGUGUGCAUGGCUUCAGAGACUAGGUGUAGUGGAUUAUGUGAUAUCUGAUGAUUCAGAUACUCUUGUCUUCGGAGCAACGAAAAUGAUCCGUCAGUUCAAUCGUGUAAAAUACAUGAAUGACGAGGACAAACCCGUUUUGAGCAACACAGACUACUAUGUUACCCCUGUUCGAAUGGAAAAGAUAACUGAGGUGACUGGGCUAGAUAGAAAUAGAUUGGUCUUGAUUGCCAUACUACGAGGUGGUGAUUAUUCGACUGGUGCAGAGGGUAUUGGUAUGACUCGUGCAAAAGAGAUCGCUUUAUGUGGAACUAAUUUGCUCUCCAGUCUACCUAGAAAACUAACCCAGGACUUCGGUGCCUUACCAGACUUCUCUGCCAUGUUUUCUCUGACAUUCAUCAAUCAAGAGAAGGUUAAGGCUGUGCUGUUACAACCUUGGAAGAAUAUAAAAUCCGAGCUAGAUCGACUGGACAGCCUUCAAUCAUUCAACAAAUACCUCGAUUCGGCACUUCGAGAACAGCAUAAGGAGAUUUUUGGAAGACAAACGACAAUGAAGGCAGAAGUGAAGAUUGAUGAGUACUUUGCUUUGCUUUAUUUUUUUCCAUUAGUCAAUUCCAAAAUCUUCAAGUUUACACCUUACUCAACAAGUUUUGGAGAACUCGAGGCUGCCAUCGAUGAUAUGCCUGGUCUCACUCCUGACGAUGAAACACAAACUGUGAAGAGAUACAACUAUGUAUGUGAUGCAGGUGAUAUUGGCCAUCUGGUAGUUAAGAAUGGCAAGUUCGUGUUUGUGGGCAAGGGCAGGGCAAAUCUUUUGAAGAAAAAUCAAUACGCAUUGCCGAGAGAGAGGAAAUUUAACCUCAAGUCGUUUGCUCUCAAGCUUCUUCUAUCGCCAAAGGCUUCUUCUGAAGUUUUUCUUGCCAGAUCAAAAGUUGCAGAUGGGAUCCAGAUCGGUGUGCUCAAGUUUCAAAAGUCGAAACUUCAUGAGAAAGUUUAUUUGGUGCAGAAAACCCGACUCGAGGAGAAGCAAGAGCAUGACGAAAUCGAGGGUGAGGAGCAAGAAUCCCAGGAUCCAGAUAACUUGGUGCAAAGAGACGAUGAGGAUGACGAAAAGCUUACAGCUGUAAACGUGACGAUGGAAUCCAUUCGUUUGAUUGCGCCAAGCUUAGUGGAUGAGUUUGAAAAAGAACAGCUGAAGAAAGAUAGAUUGAAGAAAUCACCGAAGAAAAAGGCCCCACCACAGAAGACAACGCUAGACCGCCUAUGGCCAGGGAUGUCACCCCUGAAGAAGUUGAAUAAUGCUAUUGAGGUGAUUGAUCUCGAUGCUGAUGACGUCGUGGAGGUGAAAGCUGAAAGUCUUGAUGGGUCGCCGACGAAGAACAAACUGCUUGUGAAGGGCGAGAAUGGACAGUCACCGGUGAAAAAGGAAAACCGCUCGAUAAAAAAAGAGACAAGGAGAAGACGCAAGACAUUGAAGGAAAGGUAUGAGCUACCGAGGAACCAGCUGGACGUGACAGCUUUCUUCCUGCAAAACAAGAAUCCUUUCGAGGAGCAAAACCCCUUGUUCGUUCCGGAAAGCGAGGACGAAGACAGCAAUGGAUCGGUAAAGAAGGAAAACGAAUUUAUGAAAAUGAAGAAUACUUUAUCGAACGUGCCCUUUUUGCCUGGUCCAAAUAUGACUGCGAAAGCACCAGUUGAGGGGCACAUAAGUUCACCAGAACUGAGCCCCUCGAAAAAGAUACGAAUGACGUUAUCCCCAGAUAAUUCUCCUGUCAAGACUAAAGGAUUGCCUACUGGAAAGCCGCCGACCUCUUAA